CUGCCCUGCUGACCAUCGUUGGAGGGAAAGGGCGCGUCAUGAGAGCGCGGUGGCGCGGGUAGGCGCGCUCGGUCCGAACAUCCGGGGUCGCGUGAUGUGCGUGUCUUGGACGCUUGUUCCGAUGUUCGCUUCCGUCGUCGUUCAUUGUCCGCUGCAUUCCUCGGGGAGCCGCGGGCGAGCUCGAGGGUCGUCGGCCGUCGUCCUCUCCCUGCGCCUGUACUCCCAACGCGACCUGCAAUCUCACCUGCACGUCCUAUCGAACCCUUCCUGCUCCACCCUACGCGCUUCCCUCACCUCUCACGGCGCGCCCGUUUCUCACAUGGACGCGCACGACGUCACUCGCCACCUCCGUCUCGCGCUCGGGGCCGCGUUACGGCUCACGAAGCGCGGAACUGUACAUGCCUUCCCGUAGCCGUACACGUCUUUGCGUACUCCAUGCCGCACCCAACGCUCCUCCUCCCGUGUAGUUCCCUCAUCAGUGCAUCUCUUCUACCCCACCUUCCGUCCCUUCUCCUCACCUUCUGUCCCUA